AUGGGAAGCCAUCACCAUCCCUCAUUGCUGGUAUAUUGUAUUUCAGUGGCUCGAAGACGUCGCAAGGAAGGCCGGCCGCGGCGGCAACGGACCACGUUCUCCGCGCAUCAGACCCUGAGGCUGGAGCUGGAGUACGCGAGGGGAGAAUAUGUGGCCAGGGCUAGGAGGUGUGAGCUGGCUGCAGCUUUAUCUCUUAGUGAAACUCAAGUAAAGAUUUGGUUUCAAAAUAGAAGAGCAAAAGAUAAACGCAUUGAAAAGGCGCACAUCGAUCAGCAAUAUAGGCACCUAGCAGCCGCGUCCGGGUUGUUUCCCUCGCCUGGCCUGCUCGCCGCCCCGUACUGCCAGACCUCCUGCCCCUACAUACCAGUUCAGCCUUUGCCGCCUCCAAACGACUAAUUUUAAUAGAACCUUAAUCUAAGAUAAUUUAAAACAG